AUGGCCAACGCCAUGUUGGUGGGAAUUCCUCCAGUGUUUGGUCUCUACACUUCAUUCUACCCUCUGAUCAUUUACUUCAUCUUCGGCACUUCCAGACACCUCUCCAUCGGUACUUUUGCUGUUCUGGCAAUCAUGAUUGGGUCUGUGACAGCCAACGUGGAGUUGCCUAGCAACGGUGUUGAAGCGAGUCAGAUUGAUGUGGAAGCAGCGAAAAUGAAUGUGGCUGUGCAACUCACCUUUCUCUGUGGCGUCCUACAGCUCCUGUUGUACCUGUUGCGUGGUGGCGGUGUGUGUCGCUGGCUGUCUGAUCCUGUAAUCAGAGGCUACACCACAGCUGCAGGUCUGCAUGUGGCCAUCCUGCAGCUGCCACUGAUGACUGGAAUACCUGCACAGAGACACAGUGGACUGCUGCCUUCAGCUUGGGCUUUAAAGGAUGUUCUGCAGGGAGUGACCAGUGCUGUACCAGGAGCUCUGUCAGUCUCCGUGGUUUCCAUGGUGAUACUAAUCGGAGGCAAGAUGCUGAAUGAGCGCUUUAAGAACAAGCUGCCUGUCGCUAUACCGUGGGAACUUAUACUGAUCGUCCUGGGCACCAUCCUGUCAGUACAGAUGGAUCUGGCUGGACAGCACAGAGUCCAGGUGGUGGGACACAUACCCAGUGGCCUGUCUUCCCCAGUCCUUCCAUCUCUCUCUCAGGCCAGAGAGCUGUUCAUUCCAGCUCUGUCUGUGGCUCUGGUUGGCUUCAGUUUCCUCUCAGCCAUGGGCUCAAUGUUCGCCCACAAACACGGCUACCGCGUAGACCCCAGCCAGGAACUGCUGGCUCUGGGUUUGUGUAACACCAUCGGAGGAAUGUUCCAGUGUUUUGCUGUCAGCUGCUCCUUCUCUCGCAGUAUGGUCCAGAACAGUAUAGGAGUCAAAUCACAGAUGGCAGGUUUGGUAUCAGCUCUGGUGAUUCUAACCAUCUUAUUAAAGAUCGGUCAUCUCUUUGAGCAGCUGCCAAAGGCAGUGUUGGCAGUGAUCAUCGUGGUGAACCUGCAGGGGAUAAUGGCUCAGUUCAAAGAUGUGUGUGUGCUCUGGAAGUCUGACAGAUUAGACCUGCUGGUUUGGGGAGCCUCACUGAUUUCCACGCUGAUUUUUAACCUGGACCUGGGUCUGGCUGUGGCUGUCGUCUUCUCUUUGCUCACACUCAUCUACAGGACACAACACUCCACCACGGUUGUUUUGGGUCAUAUUCGAGGUACAGACUGUUACAGAGAUGUGGCACUCUAUACUGAGGCAAAGCAAGUUCCUGGCGUGACUAUACUCUCCUGUUCCAGUCCUAUUUACUUUGCCAACUCUGAACUUGUGUUCACAGAGAUCAGACAGACAGUGAGUCGAGGUCAAAAGGAGAACCCAGCUAGAGUCCACACUACUACCUCUUCCUCCUCGUCUUCCUCUAACUCCUCAGCCCAGACAUCAACACAUACUCAUUGCUUGGUUCUGAAUCUCAGCUCGGUCAACUUCAUGGACUCUGUGGCUGUGACAGCACUUUGCAAGGUGAGGAAAGAGACCUUACUGGACUCCUGUCUCUUCCCAACGGUCCAUCAUGCUGUCCAGCGCUGCCUCAGGACUCUACACAAGCCUCUGGAAGAAAUCACCCCCAGAUGCGAGUGA